CGCGACAGAUCGCGACAGAUUCGCCUCGGGGCGCCCGCUCACCCGGCCCGCUCCCUCCCCAGAGGCCGGGAUUACAUAACGGCGCCCGAGCGAGCAGCUGCAGGAUUACAGCAUGCGGAUUAGGGAUUACGUUGAUUCAGCAGAUUGUCCUGUGCAUGUCUGAGAAAGAUUACACCAGCAGAGUUAAGAAUACCCGUUUGCUGUGAGCAAAAGUGUAGCUGUGAGCCAGCUCAAGAGGACGCCUUUGGGUGGGGACCUUGCUGUUACAGCCCAUUUUCACAGGGAAGUGCCAUUUCAGAUUUUCUUGUAUGGACAGGACACUUAAAAAGCUGGAGAAGCCACCUGAGUCCCAUGAAAACCAGAACCAUCUACUUAUAAAGUGCUGUUGCCUCUGACCAAGAACAAAAAUUGUUGUUGGAAUAAUAUGCGAACAGAUCAUGAAGAACUCUGUGGCACCAGUUAUGGAUCUUUUUGUCUAAAUGGAGGGAUUUGUUAUAUGAUUCCUACUGUAUCCAGUCCAUUCUGCAGGUGUAUCGAGAAUUACACAGGAGCUCGUUGUGAGGAAGUUUUGCUGCCCAGCAUCAAAUCCCAAACAAAAGGUGACCUGUUUGCAGCUUUCUUGGCUUCCCUUCUUCUUCUAGGAGUUCUUGUAAUUGGAGCAUUCUACUUCCUUUGCAGGAAAGUUUCCAUUCCAAGGACAAGUUCUUCAGAGUGUGGUGCCAGCCUAGUUGAAACUACAAGCAGCAAUGGCUGCAACAAAAUAACAACAGCCUAAAGCAUUAGAGUGGAAGAAUGGUGGGGAAACAACAUGCAGAGCAACCCUAAGAAUCUAAGAGGUUGACAUGGUAAGCAAGAGAGAAGAAAGCUGACUGAAACAGGAGGCUGACAUGUUGGAGAAGACUACAGCUAAGACUUAAACAGUGCCCUUAGUGGAGUUUCUAUGUACUUCUAAAGCUGUACCAAUUAUACAGAAAUCACUAUCAUUUAUGUUUGAAUUCUGUGAGAUUUUUUAUGGUUUUCAAUAAUGCAUAGGUAGAUGCUUGAGAUAAUUUGGGGUUUUAUUACAUGGAAAAUAAAUAAAAUACAAUUUUUUAAAAAAUUCACAGGAUUUUAGUGUGAGGUGAUACUACGAAUUUUUGGUAGGGGUUUUUAAUUUUUCCCAAGAUUUUCCCAGAGGAGCUGAAGCCUGUCUUGAUUCAAUAAUUUCAAAAUUGAUAUUUGUGAUAUCCAGAAUGUCCAGAAUGUCCAGAAUUUGGCUUGUAUCAGAUACCCUUACCAGACACAGGGGAAACACCUCUACCUUUCUCCCAGCUCAUACUUGCAUUUGGUUUUUUUAAAAUUGUAACACAACAUCAGCAUGAGGUACCAUUGGUAGUUUAUUGUUCAGCGUCUUGGCACACGAUUUUAAUUCAAAUUAAAGGGAAAUAUUAAGAAAAGAGAUUGAUAAUGGUUAAAAAAGUUUAGUACUUCUAAUACUCAGCAAUACUCUAAUACUCUUUGAUGGUUUUUAAUUUUUUCUGGCUUGCUUCUGAAAAUAUCACUACUGAGGGAAAUUCAAACCUUAUCUUGAAUGUUCAGUUGAUAUUUCAGAUAGCAGAAAUCAGGAAUUUUGUUCGUCAGGUCUAUUUCUGACACAAAAUAUUAUCCAGACAGGUGUCUUUGCUGAAAAAAUGUUACCCUCUCCAAAGAUUUAUUUCUUUAUUCACAUAAGCAUCUGUUGAUCACACUAAUAUAUACCACACUUUGGUCGCUCACAGGAUUGUCUUAGACAGAGAGAGGCCACCUGCCAUAGUCCAUGUCUUUUUUUUUUUUUUUCCUUCACAACACAAAGAUAAUGUCUGGUUAGUCAGAGGCAUAGAAAAUGUGAACAAUUUUAAUUUCAACUUAUUUCUUGCACUGGAGGCUGAAACCAGCAAAAAAUCAGAUGUGUUUCCAUGAUGGCACAUUAGCAAGCAGGUCAUUAUAUGGGAUUUAUAAGGUUGUUUUGAAGGGAAAAUUAGCUGCGAAAAUUCAUGAUUGAAAGGAGAGAAAAUUCAGAACAGAGAUUUCUUGUCUCCGAAAGAAACAAUCUGAAGAUGUAUAAAAACACAGGUGCAGAGAAAAUGCUGAAUAAGCUCCUAUUUCCAGGAUGUCUAGUCCACGCUCUAGUGUCAGAAAAAGCAGUGUGUACUUUGUAUCAGUGCAGACAAAAGCACAGAGGGACAGGGAAGAAAAGGCAUGUGGGUGGAGUGCAUAAGGUGAGAAGUCAAAGGGAAAUCACAUUACACAGGCUACUAGAAUGCAAACCAGAAUAAUUCAUUACCUUCUGAAAACUCCUGUCAGAGAGGUCAGAGUGCAAGUUAGUGCUCAGCAUGUGGAAGGAGAAUCUGGGGACACCAAAUCAGGUAGAGGAGCUGAUCCAGAGACUAAGUUAUAUAAAGCACCAGUAGGUAACUUUCUCCCCAAAUUAACCAAUCUUACAUGUUAUUUUCUGGACCUCAAAUCUUUAGCAGAUAAGCUGCAGGAAGCUGAUAAUAUUAUUUUAAAGACUAGGAAGGAUAAAAGUUAUUUUUCAUCACAUAGAGACAGGCCAGUGUUUUCCAGAGUUCAGAUGUGUAGCAGUACUGACAGCUACAUCAGAAUCAGUGUUACCUGGAGUACUCUGCACAGCCUUGGUGAAAAUGAGCCAGAGAUGAGAGCUGGCAGAUCACUUUGCUGUGUUAUUGAUCAUGAGACCAUCAGGCUCACAGUUUGGUUUAUUGUCUCCACUGAAGAAGGAAAAGCCUUGUGGUCAUCUGAAGUGGCAAUUCAGGGAGGAUAUACUAAUAGAAGAUAUAAGAAAUAAAUGGACUGAAGUUAUUCUGUAGAAGCUCUUAGGAUCCUCUCAGCUUUCUAGAGAGACAUGGAAUAAUUAUUCAUUGUUACUGAGCUUGUUUGCAUUGUUUGGGAAACAACUUGUACAAAAAGCGAGGCUGAAUAAACUGAGUCCAUGUUUAAAUGUGAACAGGCUGAUUUAUGGAACACUGUUUUGUGUGAAGGAAAUGCUCUUAUCAAUUCAGCCUGCCUCAAACACAUUGCAUCUGAGAACAUUUCAGCUUCUAAAUUAUUUCAGUUCACAGACUUUGUGACUAUGAUGAAAUCAAAAUGACAUCAGGCUACAAAUUCAUUUUAAGGUGGUCAAAUGCCACAGAAAGUACAGGGUAACCAACAUUAUAUAUAAUUUAAUGAAAUAGUGCAACACUCUUUAACAAUGAUUGCUUACAAAAUUAAUGAAAUAGUCCUGCGAGCAAUUAAGUUAAGGAAACUCCAGUUCCAGUGGAUCAGAUCUUGUGGCUGGAAUCACUGGAGUCUUAAAAAUUAUGAUGAUGUUUAUGAAAGGGUGAGUAAUAAGGGCUCUCUCCUGUCUUUGACUCUCUCCUGUCUGACUCCCAUUUUCAUGAAAGAGAUCUCAUGUCUUUGAAAUUAUCUCUCUACCAGCUGGAAGGUAUGUAGGGAAGAAACUGGAAGAGACUCAUUUCCUAAGAAAUCCAUUACUAUGAUUACACAACAAUCUAUUAGAGCAUUAUAGCAAAAAUUCUUUUAUACCUGGGGAUCAUGUUAUCCUGCUAGAAUCUUGUAGUAAAAGCCUCUUCGUAAUGUAUUGCAAAAACCUUUUGAUCACGUGCAGAACUGACAGCCAUUAGCAAGAAAUCUCUUUAUAGGCCUGUAAGUAAGAGGUUGCUUAUGUUACUCAAUAUAGAAUUGUUUUUCAUGAGCAGCCCAAACAAACACUGGAGCAAAGUACAGUUAAAGUUACAGUUAAGGAAGAAAGUCAAAUGGCUUUUCAAAGAAAAUGAGGAUUUCUCUGUGCUGCAUAGUCUUUUGAUUUAUAAUGUUAAAUAUUAAGCAGAAAAACCAACAGAAGUCCAUUUGAUAGCACUUCCCAUUUUAAAGAUAACUUCAAUGUUGUGCAACUCCUUUAAAAUUUACUGCACUAAAACAUUUUCCUUCUGGCCCUGAAUUUUUGAAGAGCUGUAGAGAGGCUCUGAUUGUGUAACUCAGUUAUUUGAAAACGGAAAGUCAAGAAGAAAUGCAGGAUAGAACUUCUCACAGCAGAACAGGUCAUUAUUCUGUGUAUUUAUAUAUCUGCUUACACCUAUCCAAGCCUGCUCUUGCUCUCCUGUGACUGUAGCCUGUCCAACAUAAUGUGUAUGUA